AUGCUUUUAUUAUUUUUCAUUUACAAAGCUCUUUCAUACACGUCAGAUCUAACAGUAACUAUGGAUGAUAUAGUAUUUGUUGUCUGGAGUGGUAAAGAGUGCCUUCCAACAAGAGUUUAUCAAUUAGCUCAGGCAUGGUACGGAUUAGUACCUCAUGUUCAUGUAUACACAGACGAAGCAGAUGAAUCUAUUAUGAAUAAUAUCACAAAUUCAAACCCUCACCUCUCAAUUACUUUCCAUAUAACUCAAAUGAGAGGAGAUUAUCUAAUUGGAAGUUACUUCGAAAAUCCAUACAAUCAUGCACAAUCGAGACACAUACUUUCAAUGUAUGAUAUUUAUAAUUUAUAUCCAAAUAAGAAAUGGUACUUCUUUUGCGAUGAUGAUUGUUACGUACUUCCAACAAAAGUACUUGAAUUAUGCAAAACAGCAGCAGGAAAUGUAUUCGGAAUGACAUAUUACUUCAUUGAUGAAACUUAUAAAUUUUUCCCGAGCAGAGACCCUACAAGAACAUUCCAUCACGGUGGACCAGGCAUUGCCGUUACUCAUCAGUUCAUGGUCAAAAUAGCGCCACAUCUUAUGGAAUGCAAUUCAAUUUACCAAGCUUCGAAAUUAGGCUCAGAUAUUAGAUUAUCAGCUUGCUACGGACGUAUAUUCGGUCUCAGAGAAUGGUAUUAUCGCACUGGAGAAUCAAGUGCCUUUGGAAUGUUUAAUUCAAAUACACCAGACAGAAACAUUGAUUAUUCUCAUGAUAUUCCAGAAAGAACACUUUCAUUCCAUCUUAUACAACCACAGGAUACAAUUAAAACAUGGAAAUCUCAUAUUUCAACAUGGAAUGAUCAAUCCAACACUUCUUUAUAUGUUGAUUGGUCUCCAAUUGCCCUUCAAAGGAUGGAUAUAGAUCUAGGCAAUGUUGGAUAUACAAUGGAAUUCUAUAUUUGGUAUUGUCUUAGAUAUGAAAGCAAAAAUUAUUAUCCAAUCGGAAAUCCAAAGCCAAUUUUCAGACCAGGUGAUAAAUUUUUGAAGGAUCCUAUUGCUUAUGAGCAAGAAUAUGAAAAUGGCUUCAGAAUUAGAUUAAAUUGCGAUGCUGAUCGCGGAGAUGAUCUCAUUCAAGAAGGAUUUGCUAAGCCUCCAAUUUGGGGAGCAACUCUGUCAAUGAAAUGUCCAAAACCAACCAAAUUUUAUACAAAUCAUAAUUCAACGAUCCCAGCUGAAUAUCGUAUCAUCCCAGUAGAUCACAAGUGA